GCUGUAUAAAAUCUCAAGACUACUGCAGAGAAAAAAAAUAUUAAGAAGACAGAAAACAACACAGUAAAAUGCAAACGCGUCACUGCUAAGCCAAAAGCUAUAAACUAGUUCGUUCAAUGUCGCAAGCAGUCCAUCUUGUCACCAAGAACCUUCCAGGUUAUGGAUCAUCAGAAGGCAGGUGUCUCCCCUGCUCAGGAAUUUCUGGUAGAGCAGUAGCUGUAUCUCCUUGUUCUUCUCGUGGUGUCCACUAUGUUCAUUCACAGGCGCAGUUUGGAAAGAUGAAAUGUUCCUCCAGGGCUUCAUCCAUUGUGUGCAAAAGUUCUGGCGGUCAUAGGAGAAACCCAGACUUUUCUAGGCAAAACAAACAGGGGUUUUCACGAAACAGAAACAGGCAAAAUGAAGAGGGAAAUGGUUUUGAAAACCUUGAUGAAUCUGAUCUGCUAACAUCAAAGAAUGGGCCACUACUCUCCCUCUCUGGUACCCCAAAGUUCCAAGCCACUGCUGCCCCUGGGCCAAGAGAGAAGGAGAUUGUUGAGCUAUUCAGGAAGGUACAAGCUCAGCUGCGUGAAAGAGCUGCAGUCAAAGAAGAAAAAAAGGUUGAAGCUUCACAAGGAAAAGGUAGAGAAAAUGAAACUGUGGAUUCCCUCCUCAAGCUACUCCGGAAACACUCAGUUGAGCAAGGUAAGAAAAAAACAGGCAAUAUCAGCGGUGGAGACUUGAGUUUAGACCAGCCAGAGAAUGGAACGUACAAGAAAGCUAAAAGCACAAGUUUCUUUGAUUCAAGUAAGAAAGAAAGGAAUGAUGUCCUAGAGCCCAUCACCUCUUUUACCAGGCCACCUUCGAAUUUCCGACGGAAGUCUCCAGUACCUCAAGUGAAAUUUCAGCCCAUUUAUUCAAGCGAGGACCCUGUUAAUUCUACAUCUCAUUUAAAUUUAAAUGGUGAGAAAAAGCAGCAGUUUGAGAUACUCCCAGACACCACUCAGGAGCUUGAAUUGGACCCAGAAUUGGUUGCGGAGGAGGAGCAUGAGCUGGAUUCAGAGCCAGAGCCAGAGCCUUCUUUUGCUGGUGGGGAUGUGUUUGAUGAGCUUUCUGAAGGUGAAUCUUCAGACAUGGAUAAUGUUGAUGGGGAUGGUGAAAAACAACAGCUAAUUGAACAUGAGGAUUUGAGUUCUUUAAAGCUACCUGAGCUGAGAGCGCUUGCAAAGUCUCGCGGUGUAAAAGGGUUUUCAAAGAUGAAGAAAGGCGAACUGGUGGAGUUGCUGAGUGGUAGUUCAAUGUGACAAUAGCUCAACUGGCAGAUGAAGAUUAGUUUUGAGGUGUCCCUUUUGUCUUCAUAUAAUUUUGUUUCCUUAUUCUCUUUGUAUGACUAUAUGUAAGGUGAUAAUUUUAGCCCGUCAAAUCCUCUCUAAUGCUUUCCACUGGCAGAUGAGAUUUGUUUCGAAGCUGCUGCUGCUGCUGCUGCUUCUUUUUUCUUAGGAUGAAAGGAAACCUACUCUAUUUUUUUUCUUUUCUUGAAAGGAAAGCUGCUUUAUGAAA